AUGAGUAGUAAUCAAUUGUCUAUAAUGAAUCAUUUAAAUUCUAUAAAUCUUUAUCAAUCAAAUAAAGAAUAUAAAAUACCAAUUAUUUCUACAUUGAAUGAUUUGAUUAAAACAAUAAGAAGUGUAUUUAAUAAAGAUCAUAUUGAUAUUAAUGAAGUACAUACAAUUUUAGAGUAUUUUCAAUGUGAUUUCUCAGAAUGGAGUAAAUAUAUAUUUUAUAAUAAAACAAAAUAUACACGUAAUUUGAUAGAUGAAGGCAAUGGAAAGUACAAUCUGUUAUUAUUAUGCUGGAGUGAAGAUCAAGGAACAGGAGUACAUGAUCAUGCUGGAUCUGAUUGUUUUGUCAAAAUUAUAAAAGGUCAAAUAAAAGAAACUAUUUACGAUUGGCCAAAACAUUUCAAUUCAAAAAAUUCAUAUAACUCUACUGAUGAAACUGAUUCUCCAUUAGUGGUGAAAUCAGUAACUGUAAUGAAUCCUGGUGAAGUCACCUAUAUGCAUGAUAAAAUUGGAAUACAUCGUUUACAGAAUUUCAGUAAAACAGAAACUGCUAUUACAUUACACUUAUACUGUCCACCUUAUACAGAAUCUAUGAAUUUUGAAGAGUCUACUUCAAAAUCAAAUUCUUUAAUCAAUAAAUCAGGAACUAAGAUACUCAACUUACCGUUAUGGUCAUUUUAA